CCGCCCAAGUGUCCUGUGCGGCCUAGUUGUGCCCGGAGCCCGCCCGCAUCCCCGCGUCCCCGCGUCCCGAGCCGUGUGGCGCAGCGAUCCUUUCGCCUCUGGUGCAGCCCCCUGCACGCCCGUGUGGCAUGAUGGCCGCCGGUCUGCGGGCCCUCUGGGCUGCGGGGCACUGGCUGAGGCUCGGCCCGCGUGCCCCGUUCAUCGCAGGCUUCAGCAGCCGCGGGACUGCCGGGGCAAGAACCGAGCCCGGGCCGUCACUUACCCGCACGCGGCAGCAGGACGGUAUCAGGAACAUCAUCUUGAGCAACCCACAGAAAAGGAAUGCGCUAUCACUGGCCAUGCUGAGAUCCCUCCAAAGUGACAUUCUCCAUGAGGCUGAGAGCCAAGAGCUGAAGGUCAUUGUCAUUUCAGCUGAAGGGCCUGUGUUCUCUUCUGGGCAUGACUUAAAGGAGCUGACAGAGGAGCAGGGCCCAGGCUACCACACAGAGGUGUUCCAGACCUGUGCUGAGGUCAUGAUGCUGAUCCAGAGGCUCUCAGUCCCUGUCAUCGCCAUGGUGAAUGGCUUGGCCACUGCUGCUGGGUGCCAGCUAGUCGCCAGCUGUGACAUCGCCGUGGCGAGUGACACCUCAUCUUUCGCCACUCCUGGGGUGAAUGUGGGGCUCUUCUGCUCCACACCUGGGGUAGCCCUGGGGAGAGCCGUGCCCAGGAAGGUGGCCCUGGAGAUGCUGUUCACUGGGGAGCCCAUCUCCGCCCAGGAGGCCCUGCGCCAUGGGCUGCUGAGCAGAGUGGUGCCAGCGGCACAGCUGGAGGAGGAAACCCUGCGGGUAGCCAGGAAAAUCGCCUCACUCAGUCGGCCCGUGCUGGCCCUGGGCAAGGCCGCCUUCUUCCGGCAGCUUCCACAGGACCUGAGCACAGCCUACCACCUCGCCUCCCAAACCAUGGUGGACAACCUGGCCCUGCCCGAUGGCCAGGAGGGCAUCCAGGCCUUCCUCCAGAAGAGGAAGCCUAGCUGGUGCCGCCCGGCAGCCUUGGCAGAGGAGUGAGCCUCCAGGGCUUCUCUACCUGCCCUCCCCCCACAGCCCCCACCCACCCCUUGGUGACCCGGUGCUGUGACUGCCGAAGCCCACUGUGUGUGCCAGGGAUAAAGGGCCAGCUAGGGCUGAGUGAGCACCCACAGAAUGAGUCUACAGGGGGCAUAGUCUCCAUUGGUGGGCCCACCCAGCAUGGAGGCCGGAAGGGAUGCCGGCCUGUCAUCAGAGGUGUCCCCAAAGGCGGAGGCGGAAGAGGGGACACGUUUCAGGUCCCCCCUACUCAGUCUUCCUGCCUCUCAAAUUAUUUGUAAGUGGGACUUGGGGAAUUGGCUUUCUUUGCCCAGCAGGGGGCGCUGUAAGGUGCUUCACCAACUCCCACUUGUCCUACAAAUAAGCUACACAGUGGGACCCUCUUGUCCUUUCAGUCCUGGCAUUCCAGAUUCUGGGGCACUGACAUUUGGGAACCUGCUGUGACACUUGAGCCAAGUGGCCUUUGGGCAAAGAGAAUGCUGUCUUCCCAGGGAGAUGGACCUCACCCCCAGGGGAGCGGGCAGGUGGGAGCACCCAAGUGUGCUGAAGGGAGAGGAGCCCAUCCUCCUGAGGGCAGGUUUCCUUGGCCCCACCUCAUACCCACGGCCACUGCCACUGCUACUGGAACCCUUCUGGGGAAUGAGGGCCAGCCUCUCUCUCUCUCUCUCUCUCUCUCUCUCCAUAUGUAUGUAUGUAUAUAUAUAUAUAUAUAUAUAUAUAUAUAUAUAUAUAUUCUCUUUCUUUCUUUUGAUAUUUGAUUACUCCUUGACAAUCACCAAGUAGGCAAGAGUUAGAUUCAACAAAAUUGAAGCCAGUGUGCUACCACAUUUAAUAAAAUCAGAAAUUUCAGA